UCCUAAGCACGCAGACACACGGAGAGGGAGAAACAGAGAGUGAGCGAGAGGCUGAGGGAGAGAGAGAGAUGCUGACAGGGAGAGAGAUGCACACAGAGAGAGAGAGAUCGGGAGGCAAAGAGAGAUCGACGGGAGAGAGAGAUGCCAAGAGUCAGAGAGAGACCAAGAGAUCGAGAGAGAGGUAGCCGGAGGGGGGAAGAGAACCGACGAGCCCAUGACCCAGGGGAGGCCGAUCCUCCAUGGAUGGACGCCGGUGACUCGAGUUCCGGCCGGUGCUACCGGUGGGUCGACUCCAGUAGAAACCAGGAGCUUGGACCUGUGAUCGUGAGACCCAUUGCCCAGACCGAACCGAGAGAGAGAUCCGGUGGCUUCCACUGGCGAUUUCUAGCAAGAUUUUUCGGUGGGUUCGACGGAAGGACGAAUUCCGGUGAAAUUUUCGGUAAAAGCUCGACUCCGAUGCUAACGGCUAGUUCAGAUAACACAGUAAGAUUGAGUCAUUUCUUUGUAAUGGCGUAGACCUCGCUAAAAGCAAUAGUUCAUUGUGGAUCGACCAAACCUUUACUUUGUAUAGUAUGUCUCUUAUUGAAAUUCAUGGCGUUGUAAAGAUUUAUUAUCAGACAGGAAUAAUAUAAUAAGAAGUUACAAUCCAUAUGUUGUAAAUGUACGCUUCCUUUUAAAUGGUUUUAGCACUCAAACUCACGUUUCCCCUUAUAUCCCAAAAUGGGGGUGUGAUAGCAUGUGAUGGAGGUUUCGUCAAGGAUUAACAGCGGAGCCUGACGAAAUACACUACAUUGCACGGUUUUGAUAAAUGCAUACACUCAAUUGAACGUUUUGCUACAUCGGUACCCUUAAUUGAAAAAGCGCGAUAGUUUGAUACCCUUUUGUGAAGUUUCCCCUAUUUUCUUUCUUU